AAUACCAUACCAAGAAAGUCAACAUGAGGCUUGCUUCCAUUGUGGUUUUGUUUGCGCUGGGCGCUUUCACUUUGGUUGAGUGUCAACAGGAUGCCGCACAAGAGUGUGAUCCAGAAGCAUGUCAACUACCAACCUGCAGGUGUUCAUCUACCGAUAUACCUGGAGGAUUAGACAAGAGAAAUACUCCACAGUUCGUGAUCCUAACUUUUGAUGAUGCCGUUAACUCACAAAAUUUAGAAACUUAUCGCUCUACCAUCUACAAUAGAAGAAAUAAACUAAACAACUGUCCAAUUGGAACGACAUUUUUCGUAAGCCAUGAAUACACAGAAUACAACGGAGUCAAUGAACUUUACAACCAAGGAUUUGAAAUCGCUUUGCACUCUAUAACACAUGUAUCUAAUCAAACAUACUGGAGAGAAGCUUCCACUGAAACCUUGAUGAAAGAAUUUAGUGAUCAGAAAAGUCAAAUGGCGCAUUUCGCAAACAUCCCUAUUAAUAGAAUUAAUGGUGUUCGCAGUCCUUUCCUCCAAAUGGCUGGAAAUGCGACAUUCGAAAUGAUGGCUGAAGCAAAUCUCCGUUAUGACUUAAGUUGGCCGACGAUGGCACACCGCGACCCAGGAUUAUGGCCUUAUACUCUGCACUAUCAAUCUAUUCAAGAUUGCUUUAUACCAUCAUGCCCCACUGCGUCCAUUCCUGGUCCUUGGGUUUUACCUAUAAUCACUUGGCAGGAUUUGGAAGGUGUCGCAUGCUCUUUUGUAGACGCUUGCUUCUACAGACCCAAUUUAGAUGACGAAGAUGGAUGGUUUAGAUUUAUUCUCAUGAACUUCGAAAGGCACUAUAACAAUAACCGUGCUCCUUUCGGUUUUUACGUUCACGAAUGGUUCAUCUCACGCAAUGUUGCAGUGCAUAGGGCGUUCAUCCGAUUCUUGGAUAUGCUGAACAAUCUUAAUGACGUAUUCAUGGUAAAUGCUAAUGACGUGAUCGAUUGGGUACAAAACCCUGUUCCAAUCGACGAAUAUGUGAGACAGCCCUGCAGGGUAAACCCUCCAUCUCCCUGUAGGCUUGCUAACUGUGGUCCACUCGAAGGUCAACAUAACUCUGUAUCAUAUUAUAUGAGGGUCUGCAACAGAUGUCCUCGCAAUUAUCCGUGGCUCGACAACCCGCUUGGUUUGUAAAUUUAAAGAAACGGCCAUAUAUUAUCUAUAUUGAUAUUUUAUAUAUCAUAUAUUUAUAUCAAAACCGUUGUGAAUAAAGCGACCAAAUCAUAAA